AUGGACCCCGUGUCGGCCGCCGGGUUCGCCUCCUCUCUGAUCACCUUCAUCGACUUCUCCUACAAGUUGAUACACGGCUCUGUCGACCUCUACAAGUCAGCUGCUGGGGCCACGGAUGGCAACGUCCGGAUCAGCAGCAUUGUCGAGGAUCUGAGGAAGAUCACCGAGACGAUCUCAACGCCCGCUCCUCCUGAGCACAAUGGACCGCACUCGCGGGAGCUUAACAAACUGGCCCUUGAGUGCCAAGAUAUCUCCAGGGAACUUGCAGACAUACUCGAGACGUUGAAGAGGCGAGAUGGGAAUAAAGCAUGGCGCAGCCUCGAAGCGGCAUGGAAGAGCAUGCGCAAGUCGGACAAAGUGGCAGGGCUCACCUCAGUCAAGAAGCAGCUGUGCGAAUUGCAGAAAGGGAACACAGAUCACUUUGCUCAGACGAUCACCCAGCUCGGCGAUGUUCGUCAGGCGAUCGAGAACCUGGAAAAAAAGGUCAUGGGCGAGGCUGGCCAUGCACUUCAUCCGUCGCCUGACCUGAACCCCUCCCACGGUGCUUUGCAUGAACUCUGCACCGAACUCUCUUUGAUCGUCCAGAAUCUCCGCGCCGUUGCUGCGAGGGCGCCGGCGGACUUGCAUGUGCUGAACCGGCUGUAUUUCGAGAGCCUGCAUGCUCGCGAAGACCAUGUCAGUGACGCAGAAUUCAAUACCUUUGCCUGGCUUCUCCAUGAGGAAGAGGGCGAUGAAGAAAGCGGCGCGGAGAGCGACGAAGAGAGGGGCGAGGAGAGCGACGAAGAGAGUAUCGACUCGUAUUACAGCAGUAAAACUGAAGCAUCUACCGGUGAGAGCAAUCAUGACACUGGAGACGAUACCGACAGCCCGACUCACACCACUGUGGCAAACGACGAAGCCGUUAUCGACGAUGACGAUAUCGAGGACCCCGGUCAUGGCGAAGACACGGCUGGCAGUGAAGACAACGAAGAUGCCGAUGACUUUGCGAGCGUUCACUCCUCCAUUCAUGAUACUCAUGUGUCAUGCCUUAAGGUUAGACGAAGGCUUCGGAAAAGUUUCCAAAAAUGGCUUCGACUAGAGAAUGGAGUAUUCCACAUAUUUGGGAAGGCCGGCUCCGGCAAGUCAACCUUGAUGAAGCGUACCUGUCAGGACCAAGCUUUGAGGAACGAACUCAACGUUUGGGCUGCCGAUAGGAAGCUCGUCUUUGGCCGUUUCUUCUUCUGGCGCUCUGGACAUGACUCGCAAUGCUCCCUCGAGGGUUUGUAUCGAUCGCUGCUCUUUGAAGCUUUACGCCAAUGUCCAGAGCUUACAAGGACCGCCUUCCCGCAAUUUUGGACGGUGGCCAAUGAAGCAAACUUCCAAAUAUCUGCGUGGGCGCAAUCGGCUUUCCGAAUUCAGGAACUGCGUCUUGCAUUAAAGAAUCUGAUUGAACAACAAUCUGGAGCAAGGACCCAUCGUUUCUGCUUCUUCAUCGACGGCCUGGACGAGUUUGAGGGCGACAGUUGUGACCACUGGGAGUUGGCGCAGCAGCUCCGAGCGUGGGGCAAUUCACUUGAUGUCAAGAUUUGUGUGAGCAGUCGACCCUACCAGGAGUUCCUCGACGUAUUCGACAGUAAGACGAGAAUCAACAUUGUCGACGCAACGAAGCUCGACAUUUAUCGCUUCGUCAAAAGAACGCUCGCUGAGCAGCGAACCACUUACCUCAGUCCGGACGUCCUGCGAAAAAUUGCAAAACAAAUAUGGGAUCGUGCCGACGGUGUGUUCUUGUGGGUGCGGUUGGUUGUCCGUUCAAUAACGGAAGGCAUACUGUAUCGCUCAAGCCACAGAGCGCUCAUGGACAAAGUUGAACGAGCCCCAAAAGAUCUCGAUGCACUCCUCGGAAAGAUGUUUGAUAGCAUUGAUUCAUCUGACCGGGAGAGGUCAGACAGGAUGUUCUUGUUCGCCAGCAGACAGGGUCGCGGGCACUUUCUGCUGUACUCGUGGCUUGGUGAUUUGGCGGAUCCCAAGUUUCCAUUUGAGCAGCCGGUUUGUGAGCUGCCAAUGGAAGAAUAUCUUGAGCGCAGGUCUACCGUUGCUGCUCAGCUGAAGCUUCUGAGCAAGGGCCUGCUCGAGAUUUCAGAAGGCAGUGAUGACGUUGAUUUCUUCCAUCAAUCGGUUUCAGAUUUCCUUCGGCAACCAGAUAUCGAGUCUGCAAUGAAACACCGUCUUCAGGGUCGCCUUGAUAUAGCAGCCGAUGGGCAGCAACUCCAACUUGCCCUCAUAAAGUUUCAUGUUCAUACCUUAAGCCACCUGGACAGGCGAGGCGACUUUUUCGUACGGCAUCUUAGGAAGUUGUUCGGGUCAGAAAAGAAGUGGGGCGCGCCUUCUACAAAGGUGUUGAGAGAGUACCACGCCAUCAUUCAUCACUUCCAACAAAAGGACGACCUUCCUAGUAUCUUUUGCAUUGGCUUCGUCAUCCCAUAUCAUGUUCAUGGCUUUUGUCAUAUGGGACCAGGUCCAGAAUUCUCAUUCCUACAUUUUCUCGCAUUUCACGCCGAAUCGCACCUGUAUCGGUUUUGA